AUGGUUAAAUGCGGCAUUUUUCACAGGAACAGUCUUCUGGAAUCUUCACUUACGAUAGGCUACAGCCAAAGAAAAGCCAAGUGGUGCUGCCAGGCGCCGGCGGUGAAACAUAGAUGGUCCUUUCCAGGCUCAUCUCUUGCCACCCAGAAAGCAGCUCGGAGGCCGCCUACAGGUGCAAUCCCGGCACUGCGGCCAGGGCAGCGGGGCUGGGGAAAGGGUGAGCCCGAGCCCACCAGCACCUCUGCCUGCCCUUCCCAAAGCCCGAGCAGGGCCCCAGCGCGCCCGCGGCCCUCUCCCUCCAGUUUCCCCUCGCCGCAGCCCAGGCGCGGUUUGGGAAGGAAACUGAGAGCCCUCCGAGGCUCCGCAGACUCGGAUUUGGGAGGGGGUGGGGCGCGGCCGAGGCUUUCCCUCGAAACUGCGGCGAGCCUGGCUCCGGGAAAGUUUUUCAAAGUUCCCAGCAGCGCCUGCCCCGGUCGCCUCCGCUGGGCGAGCAGACGGCGGCCAGCGCGCCAGCCCCGCCGCCGCCUCUGCCGCUACCGCCGCCAGCAGCGCGCUCUGGACGGCUCGCUCCCUCGCGGGAAGCGGGCCGGCUCCCGGCGGGCAGGCCCUCCUCCGGGGGCGAAAGCCGCAGCUGACGCAGGCGGCUUGGAAGGCGGAAGCCGCCCCGCUCCGACCGCUCGGGCAGCGCCGCGGCGCCUACACCUGGGGUCCCGGCGAGCGGGCCGAGGCGCCCGGCCCAAGGCGCCCGAGGGGGCGGUCCGCGCCAAGGGCCCCGGGCGUCCCCGAGCAACUGACACUUCCAAGUUCUUUCCUGCGCCCUCCCCCCAUCCUCGCCAGACCCAGGGCUCCCCGGGGGCGGGGGGGUCUGUGCUGGGUUCCCCAACGUCCACGCCGUCCAGCGUAUCCCUGGACCCCCAUCCCCCUGGCAAGUUCCUCCCCGUACUCCCCCUACCCAGCAACCCGAAGGGGAAGGGGCGUGACUCCGACGGACACGCCCCUCAUGAAUAUUAAUAGAGCGCAUGCGCCUGCCGGGCGCGCUGGGUAAAGGUGGCCAGCCAGGGCUGCGGCUCCCAGACGGGCUCUCCGAGUCCCUCUCCGAGAGCCGAGAGGGCACGCGUCAUUGUGUUACCUGCGGCCGGCCCGCGAGCUGGGCUUGGGUUGUUUUUUUUUUCCUCCCCUCCCUCCCUCUUUCUGUGCAGCUGAUCUGAAAGGGAAUAAAAGGCUGCACAUAAUCAUAAUAAUAAAAGAGGGGAGCGCGAGAGAAGGAAAGAAAGCCGGGAGGUGGAAGAGGAGGGGGAGCGCCUCAAAGAAGCGAUCAGAAUAAUAAAAGGAGGCCGGG